AUGGGCAGUUCAGUGGCAGUGACACUUUUCUCUGCCAUGCUCAUGAUCAUGCUAAUGCCCACUUGCACCGCACUUUCCAAUAUAAAUAAAGAAAAACACGCUCUGCUCCAAACGGGUUGGUGGAGUCAUUACGCGAAUAUCUCAAACCAUUGUGAAUGGGUGGGCAUCACAUGCAAUGAAGAUGGAAGCAUUAGUUCUAUUUCCGGAUGGGAAUUAAAUAAUGCGUAUCCGUUAUCAGAAGAAAUGCUGGAGAUUGGGAAGUUGAACUUCACUGCCUUCCCCAAAUUAGUGCAUCUAGACAUUAGCGGAAUGGGACUUAGAGGAAGCAUCCCCAAAGAAAUAACCACACGUACAAUGCUUGAAGUUCUUGACCUGUCCAACAAUCACCUUCGUGGUCCUAUACCCCUCCAACUUGCCAAUUUCACACGUUUGAAGGAAUUGUUUCUCUAUAACAAUUCCCUGUCCGGUUCAAUCCCUUCUACGUUGGCUCAAUUGAAGAAUUUAAUAUAUCUCUAUCUUCAUUCAAACCAAUUUCAAGGUCCUAUUCCAAUGGAACUGGGGAAUCUGACAAUAUUGACAGGUUUAGGUCUCUCACAUAAUUCACUUUCCGGUUCAAUUCCUUCUACAUUGGCUCAAUUGAAGAAUUUAAUCUCUCUCCAUCUUGAUUCAAACCAAUUUCAAGGUCCUAUUCCAACGGAACUAGGGAAUCUGACACAAUUGGAAAUAUUAGAUCUCUCACAUAAUUCACUUUCCGGUUCAAUCCCUUCCAUGCUGGGUCAAUGGAAGAAUUUAACCUAUCUGUACCUUCCUUCAAACCAAUUUGAAGGUCCUAUUCCAAUGGAACUGGGGAAUCUGACACAAUUGCAAGAAUUAGAUCUCUCACAUAAUUCUCUUUCCGGUUCAAUCCCUUCCACGUUGGGUCAAUUGAAGAAUUUAAUCUAUCUCUGUCUUGAUUCAAACCAAUUUCAAGGUCCUAUUGCAAUGGAACUGGGGAAUCUGACACAAUUGAAAGUAUUAUAUCUCUCACAUAAUUCACUUUCCGGUUCAGUCCCUUCCACGUUGGGUCAAUUGAAGAAUUUAACCUAUCUCUACCUUGAUUCAAACCAAUUUGAAGGUCCCAUACCAAUAGAAGUAGUGAACUUGACACUUUUACAACACUUAAAUCUUUCCCACAAUCACCUCACCGGCUCUAUCCCAUCUCCUAUCCUGAAUUAUCCACUUGCAACAGUGGAUUUAAGCUGUAACUUGUUAAAUGGAAGCAUCACUUCCCAAAUUGGUUGGGUCAUUGACCUUAACCUUAGUCAUAAUUUUUUCAGCGGCCCGGUUCCACCUGUUUUUGGAAUAAAUUCUACGGUGGAUAGGUUGGAUCUUAGUUAUAAUAAUCUCACUAGUAAGUUACAUAAGGAGCUUGCUAAUUUAGGAUAUAUAAAUCUUUCAUAUAAUUUUUUUGACUUCUCAGAAAACCUUGACUCACAGUCUCAAUUACCAGACUUUUGUUCUUUCCCAAAAAAUGCACUUAUCACUUACUACCCACCAAAUUACACAGCUUGUCAUUAUGUCUACCAAACCAAUUCUCAAACUAGUACAACAACUAGUAAAGUAAAUAGUACAACAACUAGUAAAGUAAAAACUAUCAUUGUAAUUGCUCUUCCUAUCACUUGCAUCAUUCUUUCUGUACUUGCAACAUUAUAUUUCCUAAAGUGUAAGAAUGAGGCCAAAUUUGAAGGAAGAUCAACAAAGAAUGGAGACUUCUUUUCUAUAUGGAACUAUGACGGUAAAAUUGCAUUUGAAGACAUCAUUGAAGCAACUGAGGACUUUCACCUCAAGUACUGCAUUGGAACAGGUGCAUAUGGUAGUGUCUAUAAAGCACAAUUGCCUAGCGGUAACAUUGUUGCAUUGAAGAAACUUCACCAAAUGGAAUCCCAAAAUCCAGCUUUUGACAAGAGUUUUCGCAAUGAGGUCAAGAUGUUAACUGGAAUACGCCACAAAAACAUUGUGAAGCUUCAUGGAUAUUGCCUUCACAAUCGUAGCAUGUUUCUUGUCUACCAAUACAUGGAAAGAGGUAGCUUAUUUUAUGUCUUGAACAACGAUGUGGAAGCUGAGGAGUUGAAUUGGAGUAUGAGGGUGAAUAUCAUUAAAGGAAUGGCACAUGCUUUGUCCUACAUGCAUCAUGAUUGUACCCCACCAAUUGUUCAUCGUGAUGUAACAACUAGCAAUGUUUUAUUGAACUCACAAUUGGAGGCUUUUGUUUCAGACUUUGGCACUGCUAGACUCCUUGAUCCUCAUUCCUCCAAUCAAACCUUAGUAGUCGGCACUUAUGGCUAUGUUGCCCCAGAGCUUGCAUACACAUUGAAGGUGACAGAAAAAUGUGAUGUUUACAGUUUUGGAGUUGUGGCUUUGGAAACAUUAAUGGGAAGGCAUCCAGGACAGCUACUCUCAUCUUUAUCAAACCUAUCUAAUCAAAACUUCCUGUUGAAGGAUCUCUUGGAUUCACGUCUUCCCCUUCCUUCCAGUCAAAAAGAUGCUCAAGAUAUUGUACUUGUGGGAACAAUAGCAUUAGCAUGUUUGUGUUCCAAACCAAAGUUCAGACCAUCAAUGCAACAAGUGGCUAGGAAACUCUCUUGUUCCAAAUUGUCACUGCCUUUGCCUUUGUAUGAGAUUUCAAUCCAUCUCUUAAUGUUUCAAGAAAUAUGA